AUGACCAGUUACAGAAGUUCCUCAACGAGAAGGGGGAGUUUUGACGUGCCGGAAUCGGCGCGCUCAUCCGGGAAACCCUCCACCUCACUUCCCUCCUCGGCUCUGACUGUCACGGGCUUCAACAACAAUGCACCGUCUUCUCAAGCGAUUGGCAUACUCGUUAUGGGACUUACUGGUGCUGGCAAAAGUACCUUCAUCUCACAGGUCACGCAGACAAGUGCAGAUAUCGGGCAUUCGCUAGAAUCGUGUACAACUGAUGUCACCUUCCGAACAUUGCAGCGAAAGAACGGCCAGGAAGUAUAUCUCAUCGACACACCAGGCUUCGAUGAUACCAAAUUGGAGUAUGCGGCAGUCUUCCGAAAGAUCGCUUCAUGGAUUUGGUCUUCUCUCAAAAGCCUCCGAAUAUUCGAAAAGAUUUGCGGCGAGCGAAAUUUCCGGGAUGUUGUGGUCGUAACGACUAUGUGGGGAUCCUUGAAGACAGAUGAAGCACGAGAUGCCGCAGUGGUGCGCAUGAAGAUGAUGGAGGAACGACCCGAGUUUUUUGGCAACUUGAUAAGAGCUGGAGCUAGGAUGGAGAAAAGCCAGGGUGAUAGUCAGAGCGGUGUUCGUAUCGUCGAACUUCUGGCAGAUAGGCGAAAAACGGUGGUGUUACAGUUACAACACGAAAUGAGAGGCGGAAUGAAACUCGAAGAAACGACAGCGGGCAGGUACCUGGAAGGUGAGCUUGUGCAUACACGUGAAAGAUACGAGGCGCAGAAACGAGAGCUAGAAGAGUGCGCUGAGGAAGUUCAUGAUGAUGAUGAUCUCAGAAGCGAGUUCCUCGAGCAAAUCGAAGACUGCACUCGCCUUGUGAACAACAUCGUGGACGAUCAAGGAACUCUUUCCGUCACACUCGAAGAUAUGUGGAACGAGCAAGCGGUGAGCUGUGGGGCGGGUCGCGACGACCAGGUCGAGGACACUACGCAAGAAAACACUUCCGCCCACAUUGUUAAACUUGAGCACAAGAUUCAAGGGCUUGAGAGAAGGAUUGAAGCGCAGCGCGACGAUCUCGACGCACAACGUGGAGAAAUCGAGAGGAUCGAGGCGGCCAGUAAGGAGAUCGCAGAAGCUAAGGAACGCGACCAAGUCGCGCGUAAUAAAGUGAAAGAGAGGCGAGCGCCUCAUAAUGAGGCGAUUUUGUGGAUGCGAGACUUCUUUGCUGGGAGACGCCCCGAAAAUGUUGUACAGCCACCACGUCGAGCUGACUCCAUGCCGUUGGAAACGAAGGGGUCUAGAAAGUCUAGCAUAACGUCCUGGCAAAAGCGAAGCCGAUCAAAGAGCCGCCAGACUCGUAAGCCCGACAUUAUGCGCACAUCUUCAGAGGAGCAAACAAAGCAGUCCUAUACCGCUUCGCACUAUCCGCAAGGUCGAUACACCCACGAGCCUGGAUAUUCUAGUGUAUCGCAAAGUGACUACGAGAGCGGGAUGGACAAUUCAACACCUCAGAUGUAUAUGCCAUACCAGGCUCAUUCAUACACCCCUGUGGCUCUGCCUGCACCCAAUAGUCAAUACCAAGUACCGCCUCAUGAAGUUAUCAUCGAUCCCACUAGGACAAUGCGCAAUCCGCCUCCGGCAUCGCAACCGCCUUUACGCAGAAUCCCACAUUCUGUUGCUUCGCCACACCAUCAGGUUGUUGUCAGAUCUCCUUCUUAUCCCAGUAACGCGCCUGGAGACAACAAUUACCGUGGGUAG